GACUUGGACGACGAUGAUGAUGAUGCUGACGCGGAUGAUGAUGAUGACGAUGAUGAUGAUGCUGAUGACACGCAUAAGGACAUUGAUGAUGAUGAUAAUGAUGAUGAUGAUGAUGAUGAUGAUGAUGACGAUAAUGUUGAUGAUGAUGACUCGGAUGAUGCUGAUGAUGAUGAUGAUGAUGUUGAUGAUGUUUAUGAUGAUGAUGUUGAUGAUGACUCGGAUGAUGAUGAUGAUGAUGAUGAUGAUGAUGAUGACUCGGAUAAUGAUUGUGAUCAUGAUGACGAUGAUGACUCGGAUGAGAAUGAUGAUGUUCUUGAUGAUGAUGAUGAUGAUGAUGAUGAUGAUGAUGAUGAUGAUGAUGAUCACUCCGAUGAUGAAAAAGAUGAUUUUGAUUAA